GAAUCAGCUGAUCAAGUGAAUACUACAGUUUUCUCGAAACACCGACGAGAACACUUGUGAUUCAAUAUCCUGUAUUAACAUCAGUGAUUUUUGUGGGAUUUACCAAAUAAAAAAAAACGUUAUGUCACUGAACACAGCACACGCCAAUGACGGUGUGCUUCUGCACGCCGGGGAAUGCAUUCUUUUAUUCUGCGACAAUGUGACGAUGGAAUUUCAUGGUCAAGAGCAGCCAGAAUUCACGGGAACAAAGAGAGGGAGGAUAUAUUUGACUACCCAUAGAAUGAUCUUCAAUGCUAAGGAUAGAAAGGAGAGAAUGCAGUCGUUUAGUUUUCCCUUUGUGACGUUGAGUGAAGUGGAGCUGGAGCAGCCAAUGUUUGGGGCCAACUACAUCAAGGGCAAAUGCAGGGCACAACCGAAUGGCAAUUGGAUUGGAGAGUGCAAAUUCAAGUUGCAUUUUAAGAGUGGUGGAGCUAUCGAGUUUGGACAGGCCAUGCUCAGGGCAGCUUCUAUGGCUUCACGAAAUGGACCUGGUUACGACGCUCCACCACCUUACCAGCCUCCAACAUCAGACUGGUAUGCAGCACCACCUCCAGCCUAUCAGGCAGCUCCUCAAGGCUACUAUGGAUGGAUGCCACCCACCAAUGUAUUCCCAGAUGUACCCCCAGCAAAUUCUGUGUACAUGACGGACAUGCCUCCACCGUAUCCAGGGAUAAACUCGCCUUACGUGAGUGGUGGAGCUCCCCAAGGACAGGGGGCAUGGGGCGGACAACCCCCACAGCAGAAUGGCAAUCCUGGCUGGGCAAAUCCCAAUUAUAAUCCUCAGGCUAAUCAAGCAGAUGCUAAAGCUGCAGAAGCCGCCCAAAGUGCAUACUAUGAUCCAAAUCGACCGCAGUGUGCAUACGUACCACCACCUGCUUACUACGAGAGUCCACCCAGUUUCCAGCAGGCAACGGAGAAGAAGGAUCAGUGAAAACGACUAAUUCUCCCACGUUAAAAAAAAUUUCUUUUUAUCGUCUUUCUUUCUUCACCCAUGAAAUAAUUACCGCCAAAGAGAUGGAGUGGACAAGAAUGGAUAAAUUCCACGGAUUUUCGAUACAUAAAAUUGUGAUUAUUAAAAUAUUAUUUCUCACAUUAUUUUCGUGCAAAAUAUGAUGUAAAUUUGCAUAAAUAAACACGAUAGCAUGGCACAA